CCAGCACAGAACGUAUGCACGCAUCGCGCGCCCAUUUCUGUCCGUUUUGCGUCAAUCUAAUGCUGGCACAGGAAGUUUUGUAAAAGUUCUGAGGAGUCUGAGCCAUUGUGUCGCUUGCUCGCUUUCAUAGUUUCAAGCCGUUCAUGCAGGCCGUUGUUGCAGCCUUACAAGUUACCACUUCCACAAGUCUAGAUUCCUUCUGUAAAGUAGAUUGCAGGGUAACCUCCGUCCAUCGUUCCACAUUCAAAUCGAGGGUCAAUGGCGGAGUCGUCGGCCCAACGCCAUAUUGUCAUAGCCUUAGACUCAUCUGACCACGCAAAGUAUGCGCUGGAUUGGGCAAUCGAGAAUGUGAUCAGAUCGGGGGACAAUGUUGUUCUGCUGUCAGUGGCUCAAAAAGACGAGUACGAGGGACAAGCUGCUCUCUGGGGCUCCAAAGGCUCACCAUACAUCCCCCUCGUUGAGUUUGACAUCCUGAAGAAGUAUCAUUUGCUGGACCACGCCGCGAUUGAGAAGCUGCAGAAGGUGUCCAAGCAGAAUAAUAUCGAGGUUGUGGGCCAGAUCCACUACGGCGACCCCCGCGACAAGGUGGUGGAAGCGUGCCAGCAGGUGGCCGCGGACCUGCUUGUCUUGGGUAGCCGCGGCCUCGGUUCCGUCAAGCGGGUGUUGUUGGGGAGUGUGAGCACCUAUGUCGUUGCGAAUGCUCCGUGCCCCGUGACGGUCGUCAAAAAGCCUUGAAGACAUUGGCUGUAAGUAAUCGUAUACACAGGUUGUAUUCUAAGUCGAAGUGAUGAAAGCGUCAGAACCAGUGUCAUUGUACCUACCCGUAUUUACUGUAGACUCUAGACCCUGUCCAAGCUAUUUAAAAGGUCAAAUAAUAGCAGAUAACAAGUUGCCAAGGAUUCAACAGGUUUCUUAGGCAUUUGUAUAGCUAGUGAAUUCAACUUGUAUAGAGUCAUCCGAUGUUCCCCACUCGACGAGCUGAUUGGGCUCGUUUUUGGAUCAAAUUCUGAACGGUGUUGUCAGUGAGCGGACCGGCGCAGCCAAGCGGCCAGUGCACUGACCAUCUAGGGAAAGCACUAUACGCGUACGUACGUGUUGAUCUAAAUAGUAGUACUUCAGAAGUUGGCUGUCGGACGCGUGGCUUCCGGCAUGCAACCGUCAUGUUGGAUUGCUGUGCAAAUCAAUAGGCCGAAUUUACUGUAUUAUAAUCAAAUUGUCAAUCAUUCGCGG